CUUGAUGCGACGCUGGCGCCAAUGGCGGCGGUGAAGAUCUUGCAGCUUUGACUCUGCUUGAGAUAGAAUCUCCAGACCUGGAGCCUCACUGUUCUCGCGCGGUGAGGAGGAGAGACAAUGAAUCUGAAACUCUCUCGAACCCUGCGCAUCGCAGUCCUUGAGUGCGAUACUCCGCUACCGGAGACCAAGAAAAGGUUUCGUGGUUAUGGCGGUGUAUUUGAGUUCUUGCUUCGGUCAGGGGCCAGAGCCUUGGGUCGAACCGACUUGGAUCCCGACAAUAGCCUCGAGUUUUCCUUCUGGCAGGUCGAGUUGAACCCAGACCAGUACCCCGAUCCCAAUGAGAUUGACGCCAUUUUGAUCACCGGUUCCAGACAUGAUUCCUUCGCAGACACGCCGUGGAUCAACAAACUGGUCGACUACACAGCGAAGAUUCUGUCAGAAACCACUGUUCGCGUAAUCGGCGUGUGCUUCGGCCAUCAGAUCGUCGGCCGCGCGUUAAAGGCUGAAGUUGGGCGGAAUCCUGAGGGCUGGGAAGCAGCAGUGAAUGAUGUCCAGCUGUCGGAGAAGGGAAAGCAAGUGUUUGGCGUCGAUAAAAUUCGCCUCCACCAAAUGCACCGCGACUGUGUCUUCUAUUACCCAGAAGGCGUAGAGGAGCUUGGAUAUUCUCCCGUUUGCAAGGUCCAAGCCAUGUAUGCACCGAAACGGCUCCUGACCGUGCAGGGCCACCCCGAGUUCAACCAGGAAAUCAUGACAGAAAUCAUCAACACGCGACAUGCAACGGGUAUUUUCGACGACAAGGCAUAUCAGGAACAUAUGAAGAAAGUGAAUCUGCCACAUGAUGGGUUGGUUGUCAGUCAAGCAUUUCUGAAGUUCUUGUUGGAAUAGUACGGAGUAGAGAUGGAGCGUCUCAAGUUUGAAUGCUUUGGAUUGAUAUCGCGCCUUGGCCAAUAGAAA